AUGGAGGAUCUUAAGUAUUUGUACUUCAGCAUUUUCCUUAUUUUGUACAUUGCAAUUGUUGCUGAAAAUGUCAUUAUAAUUGGAGUAAUCUACACUGAGAAAACAUUGCAUCAACCAAUGUAUUUCCUGGUGUGUAACUUGGCAGUAAAUGGUCUCUAUGGUAGCACUGCGUUGCUGCCAGCACUGUUGAAAAAUUUAGCUUCCCACCCUAGUGAGAUAUCUCUAGCCAGCUGUCGAACACAGAUCUAUUGUAUACAUACAUAUGCUAUUGUUGAAUUUACAAUUUUAGGAGUGAUGUCUUAUGAUAGGUAUGUUGCUAUAUGCCAUCCACUGCGGUAUCAUACCAUCAUGUCUCUGACAAAAGUUGUACCACAGUUAGUUAUGAUACUUUACUCAUAUGCACAUGUCCUGAGAGUCUGUGCAUUAUCUUCCAAAGAAUCCAAACUCAAAGCACUGCGAACUUGCACUCCACACCUGUUUGCUAUUAUCAACUACGUUCAAUCUAUGGGUUAA